AACAACACGCACGCCUCAUCCUUCAUCUAUCGGGCCCAUACCUGCAUCCGCACACCGCAGACGAGACACCGAGAUCGGACCAGCAACAGCACACAGCAACCUCAUCGCAGAGCCCGGUAUGGCUGCUGUCACCGCCAUCAUGCACUCGCCGUCGAUGGACUUCGCAGCCGUCGAUCACUCCACUCCGGGCCGCUUCGGCGACGCCUCUCGGGCGCCGCGUCGAGGGCCACCACCGCCACGGCCGGCGCGUAUCUCUGUCCCCGGCUCUGCCACACCACGGGCAGCCCCAACGCGCGACUCUUCGCUGUCGCCCACGCCAAAGCCACGCACGUCCGCGCCGUCUCUCGCUGUCGAGUCCGCUGCAACAGCGCCGUCUGACGUCGGCACGAGCACGUCGUUCUCCUCGAUCACCCCGUCGCAGUCGGCGUCGCAGGCAAACGCACCCGGGCGACGGCCAGUGUUCACGUCUCGUGCGAGCCUGGACGCUCCGCGGCCGUCGGCGUCAGAGCUCGACAGCCCGACGCCGCGCCACGAUCGGCGGAACCGCGACCACAUCGAGUCGCGAGCGGGGCCCUCGAGCCUCUCGCACCGCAACCUGGCGCUUGCGUCGCUGUCGACACCGGAGCUGCAUCUCUCCUCCGACCCGAUGGUCGACCUGGACGACCGGCGCCAGCCGCGCAGCAAGCACAGCGCGUGGUCGCGCCCCGCACAGGACGGCCGCCAGGCGCUGCCGAGCCUCGCAGCCGUCGUCGGCCCGGUGCUGGACAGCAGCAGCAACCUGCUCCACCGACGCACGUCGCAGCGCGAGCGCAAGAGCAGCAACGUGACGGUGCGCCGCGAGUCGCCCGCGCCGUCGUCCGACCGCACUGCGCCAGAGCACACGGGCGACACCGUCCUGGUGCGCAGCGUGCCGCAGAGCACUCCACGCUCGCCUGCGCUGCUGCCCUUGGCUGCCGCCGCGACAGAGGACAAGCGCCGCUCGGCCGGCAGCGAUGCAUCGCUGCGCAACAUCAAAACGUGGUUCACGCGGCCACGGCGCUUCAGCGCACAGUCAUCCUCGUCGAACACGGCCGUCGCGCCCUCGCUGCCGUCGUCUCCGCUGCCCUCGCCGGCGCCGCUGCCAGCCUCGCGCUUCGACAACAGCAUGCUGACUGCCGAGACAGAGUCUGAUGUCAGCACUGCAACUGCCGGCACCGGCACGACGCUCUUCACGCACAGCGUGGCCACGGCAGCGGUGACGGACUCGUCCGUCGGAGUUGAUGCAGCGUCGAGCAGUCGGAGCACCACGAACGUGCGGGCAGCUCGCGCCUUCAUCGUCGCGCAGCUCUCGCAACUCUCGCGGCAGGAGAUGGGCGCCGACCGGCAUCGCAUCGACAGUCUGGCCUCGCGCGUCGAGCAGGACAGCGAUGUCCGCAGCUCUGGCGACGCGACCACCGAGCUGCUCGACUUCUGGACGAGCCUCUCUGACGGCGUGCUGCUGUGCCUCUUGGCGAACCAGCUGCACCCAAAGUGCAUCGAGACAAUCGACCGCCGCGACGCCGACUGGGUCAAGGCCGACAACAUCUCGCGCUUCCUCCGUGCUGCCAGAGACUACCUCGGCGUGCGCUCCAAGGAUCUCUUCCAUCCGCUCGACCUGACAGACGCCACCGUCGAGGGCCUGCAGCGCGCAGUCCACACCGUGCUUGCGCUCGAGCGUUCGGCCAGCGCACGCGGCCUUACCGGCUCGCCGGCCUCCCGCCCGUCCGCCGCGAUCCCCGUGCCUCUGCGCUCAUCAGCGGCGCCGCGCAUCCUCAACACGCAGACGCCGCCGCUGACGCCUCACGGCUCGCUGGACGAAGGCUCUGAGCUCAUGCACAGCCCCUCGGACGUGCCCUUUCCGCGCGGCUCUGGCUUCUCGCCGCGCGCUUCGCCGGCGAAGCGUCCUUCCGGCGGGCAGCGCCACCCGGUUGCGCUCUCCAUCCAGCAGCAGCGGCAAGAGGCAGAGCGCAUCCUCGUCGCCGGCAACAGGUACGCCAAGGAGGAGCGCCACCGCCGCUCAAGCGACGUCGGUGCCAAGCCGCAGUUCAUGCGCUCGAAGGGUGUCUCGAUCACGUUCGCCGACUCGGUCUCGCGCGGUAGCGACGAGGAGACGCGCAUGCCGUACCGCGACCGCAAGCUCAGCGAGUCGGCCAUCAGCCUGACCGGCGUGGCGGAGGAGGACCUCGAGGACCUACUGCGCUCGCCGCCGCGCCUCAACACUCGUGCCGUGCGUGCCUCCGAUGACGAUGACGACGAGGACGACGAUGAGCUUGCUAGGGGCAACGCCAGCCCGCGUCUCGUCGGCCUCGGACACGCGUCGUCGCCCAUGGCGCGCGCCAGCUCGCAGCGGCGGAUCAGUCAAGAGCUGCAGCACGGAGCCGGCGGCAGCCCAGGCCGCCCGCUGCGCACGUCGUCCGACUUCGAGGAGCACCGCUUUCCCAGCGGCACCAGCCCGGCACGCCAGGCGCCGGUGCGCCGCCACAGCGCCCGCUCGUACGCGGGCCCAUCCUCGCUCAACCCGCAUCGCGAUGGCGGCUCGAGUGAGAAUGUCGCUGCGUUCCCCAGCAUGUCCUCUUCGCCGGCCCGUGUGCCCUUCCCGCGCGCAGCCUCCGCGCACGAGUCGCCAACAGUGAAGCGCAUCGGCCGCCACCUAUCGCUCAACGCCGGCAUGGCGGGCUACGUGUCGAGCUCGUCGUCGGUCAACCUCGUCCCCGCCUCGCCCAAGUCAGCCGCUGCGCGUCCCAACUACCGGCACAUGCGCUACGCCUCGGACCUGCAGAUCCCUCGCAGCCCGCAUGGCGCAUCUUCGGACGUGUCUGAUGCCCCAGCGAUGUCGGCGAUCUCGUCGCACGUCAGCGGCCGCUCUCGCCUCGAGUCGGAUGUCGGCUCGCUGUACACGAACACGCUGUGCAGCGACGCAACCCGCGACGAUGGCACCAGCUCAGUCGCAGCGGUCAGCGGCGGCGUGCGCCUGUCGCGCGACCCGUCCGUCGCGCCGGGCGCCAAGCACAAGCUGGUCGUCGUCGAGGAGGGCAAGCCGAACGUGACGUACCAGAUGGGCAACUGCAUCGGACGCGGCCAGUUCGGCUCGGUGUACCGCGCCCUGAACCUCAACUCGGGCCAGAUGAUGGCCGUCAAGCGCAUCAAGCUCGAAGGCAAGAGCGAGGACGAGGUGACGCAGCUGAUGAACGAGGUCGACCUGCUCAAGAGCCUCGCGCAUCCGUCGGUCGUCAAGUACGAGGGCCUCGUGCGUGGCCCCGACGUCGUCUCGAUCAUUCUCGAGUACGUCGAGAACGGCUCGCUGCUGCACACGCUCAAGGCGUUUGGCAACUUCCCCGAGAAGCUCGUCGCGAGCUACGUCGUCAAGAUCCUCGAGGGCCUCAACUAUCUGCACGACAUGAAGGUCGUGCACUGCGACCUCAAGGCGGCCAACAUCCUGACGACGAAGAACGGCAACGUCAAGCUGUCCGACUUUGGUGUCUCGCUCAAUCUCAAGGCCGUUGAGAAGAUCCAGAACGUCAAGAACGAUGCAAUCGGCACGCCGAACUGGAUGGCACCCGAGGUCAUCGAGCUCAAGGGCGCGUCAACGUCGGCCGACAUCUGGUCGCUCGGAUGCACGAUCAUCGAGCUGCUGACGGGCAAGCCGCCGUACGGCGACAUGCUCGCCAUGUCGGCCAUGUGGCGCAUCGUCGAGGACGACUGCCCGCCGCUGCCCGAGAAGAUCUCGCCGCUGCUGCGCGACUUCCUGCUGCUGUGCUUCGACAAGGACCCGACGAUGCGCCCGAGCGCCGAGAUGCUCUUCGAGCACCAGUGGCUGCGCCAGACGUGGACCGGCGCCAAGGAGCUGCGCCCGCAGGACAGCGUGCCGUUCCUGCGCCGCAUCUCGGCCGACUUCCGCAAGGUCGACCUGAAGAGCCUGCAUGCGGCCAUCGGCGCCGUCGCCGAGACGAACGAGGUCAUGGCGUCGGCCCCCUCGCCGUCGCGCCCGUCGGAGCUCGCACGCUCGGCCUCUUCGCCGCCGCGUCACGAUGCGCGUCCGGAGCUGACGUCGCUGCGCGCUGCCUCUGACCCGCACGGCUGGGUGCGCGAGGACGACCCCAGCGCGGCAGGCAAGCUGCGUCAGCCCAGCGGGCUGUCCGAGUUCCCGAUCGUUGCCAACCUCGAGGACGCCGUGCGCCGCGGCAGCGACGGCUCCGUCGACAUGCUGCGCUCGCCGAGCAUGGUCGCGAGCAACAGCAUCGAGCGCGGCCUGCACGCUGCUGGCUUCGACCCGUCGCUCCUGGACCUGAACGCCGCUGUCGACGGCCAGGAGGAGCCAAAGGCGCACGCCUUCGUCAAGAGCACGUUCAGCAAGGCGGUGCAGUGCAAGAUCUGCCGCGAGCCAGUCAAGAAGCACGCCGUGCUGUGCGAGGAGUGCGGCCUGAUCUGCCACGCAAGCUGCGCUCGUCGUGCCCAUGCGCCGUGCAACCUCCGCGCGCAGCUCCUCAUGUUCGCUGGCCAGCGCAGCUCGGUGGACCUGGCACGCCUGCCCAGCUUCGGAGGCCUCGGCGCCUCGUCGCCCGCUCCGUCGCCGUCGCCUGGACCCGGCACACAGUCGCCGGCGCUCGGCCCCACGUUCCGCAUCCCCAACUUCAACAAGUGGAAGCGAAGCAGCAAGGGCAGCAUUGGAGAGAUGGCCACCACGCCCAUCUCGCCGACGAGCACCGAGACGCCCGUCUCGCCGACGACCGGAGAGCACCGGCGACGCCGCAUCUCGCUGCUGCCCGGCAUGGGCUUGGGCCGCGUGCGCUCGCCCUCGCCGGCGGUCGAGCUGGAGACUCAGGCGGGCAACGGCUCCAUUGCCCGCUCGUUCAGCAGCUCGCAGGGCGGCUCGCAGCGGCGCGAGCGGCCUGGCUCGGUCAGCUUCGGCAGCGUCAGCGGCUCAAGCACCGUCUCGAGCGCGUCGCACGCCAUGGCGCACACGAACUCGACGGGCUCGACGAACCCCAGCACGCUCAACAACAGCAAGCAGGCCAUCGCGCGCCCCGCCGCUCACCGGCACAGCUCUUCGCAGUCGACGCGGCCCGCUGCGCCGCCGCCGCGCUUCCCGUCGCGGGGCCACCGCGCGACGCACUCGGCGGCCAUCAGCACGCCGCACCUCAACCGUCUGGCGUCGAACGAGGGCGGGCGCGACAGCGAGCGCUCGUUCCGCCAGCGCCUCACGUCCUUCCACAGCGACGCGCGCCUCGCGUCGGUCGGCAGCAAGAACAAGGUCGACGGCGCCAUCACGCCGACGACGGCCACUGUCGACAAGUCUGCCUCGGCGGCGGAGCGCAAGCGCGCUCGCCGCGCCAGCAGCAAGCAGGACUGCAGCAUCAUGUAGGGGUCUCGAUGCUGCUUUCACCGCCUUCUCCCUCUCUCUUCCCGGCAUUCUCAGAGGCGCAAGAUCCGGCCAUAAACGACGCCGCAUCCCGCCGCAGCAAGCGGCGCCAUCUCA